CGACAGCUUGACAGUUCAUAAAAAUUACCAACGGUCGCUUUGUGUUCAAAAUAAAUUUCAAUUUAGGUAAUUCGCAUUUCGUGACCGUGAAAUUUGUUUGUAAUUUUGGGAUUUAUUUCAUUUCAACAUCGAAAACAUGGAGGCAAACGAAUUUGCGGUGAAACUGAAAGCAAGCGGCUCCAAAACCGAUCUAACGGACUUGCUGAAUGUGCACGACGACUUCAAAAGUUUGGUUCCAAAACUCUCAGUCAAAGAUCGAGGGUCGUUCGCAGUUAAUGUUUUAUGCAUAUUAUGCAGAAACUUGGACAAGGUACCAAGUUGGCGGGCUACCGUCAGCAGCAAGGACCUCGUCUCGCUGAGCGUCGACUGCGUGAGGGAGACCCGUGCGCUGGGGCCGGCUGAUCGCGUGAAGACCCUUGCCUGCGUGUACCACAUACACAAGCAUGUUGUGAAACAGGACUCCACAGAAGCUCCAGAACUAAUCCUGAAACUGUCCUACAUGCCCUUCGAGUGUGAAGCUGAAAACCUCCUGAAAGAAUACAUAAAGACCUACUGGAACAUACUAGUAGAUAGAAUAAUGUACAUAGAGAAGCUAAAGGCUGGAAAACGAGCAAUCAUCAAACUUCUACCAAAACUUGUCGAAGACACAGAGAAAAUCAUACACUUAUAUGACACUGCACAAUUCUGUAGCAACAUUUUGAUAUUUCUCGUCAAAAAACUGUAUUUUCUGUACAGCGAUCACUAUGCUAAGCAAGUCAAUGAUGCUUAUAAAGCUAUAUUUGAGGCGAUAAGUAAAAAAAGCGAUUUGAAAAAGUUCAAAACUCUAUCCGACAAAGAUGUGUUUGAUCUCUACACAAAACUGAGUGAGGCAUUUUAUGUUGUAGCUGAAAAUAGCGCAAAGAUUGCUUUCAAAGACUCCACUCUGCCUAUAGCUGUGCGCUUGAGUAUAUCUCUUCUAGGGCAUAAGUCCGACAUCUACCACUGCUUGCAGACAUUCUACCUGAACGCAUUCUGCUACUUAAUGAAGGAGCAACUAGACUUGAAUUUCACUGAGACGGUUUUGCGUGGGAUGGUGCAUUCCUGUGAGAGUACAGAGAGACUUGGCUACGAAAAAGCUAUGACAGCGUCGUAUCCAUACAUAUAUCAGAUGCUUCGACUGUUUAUAGAGUUUUCUGUACUGAAUUCUGAUAAAAGACGAUGGAGCAAACACUUUAAUAUUGAGUGUCAAGAGAAUUGCCUGAAACUGAUGAUGUUGCUGAUGAAAAAGUUGCGAAACACUGAACAACUGCUGAAAUGCGAUAACUGUAAUAUUAAAACUGGUUUGCAUGACUCUUUGAGACUAUCGUUUUCAGUAAAAAGUUUCAUUUCUAUUUCUUUAAGCCAAGAGUUGAAUGUUACGACGAUUUUACCGCUUUACUAUGAAUUGAUUCAAGCGCAACAUAAUAUUAUGAAAGAGCUAGCGAAUUUGGGCUGUUAUAAUCACUUGAAAUGUUUGAAAAAAGCCCAAACUGACAUACACAACACUGCAAUCCUUCUCAACAAAUCCUCUCUCUACGAAUACUCAAUAAAAACUUUCGACUUGUAUUUGAAAGAAGAAAUCAAACAUUACAAGAAUGAAUCGGACCUGAAAAACAUAAGCAGGGGGUUUUACAACAAAUCCAUAUGCGAAUUGGAUUUUAAACUCUACGAACAAGCGUUGCAGAGUGCAUAUUUGAGCUUCUUCUUCGCUCAACCCGAAGGACUUAGCUCGGAAAAGUACAUAAGCUUAGUUAUCGACAUCAAAGCAAAGAUACUUAAAGCGAAGCCAGAAGAAAACCUUGAGGACAGUCAAGAAAUAGCAUCUCAAGAACAUUUGCAACUCACUACCGUCUUAAACGCAUUUAAAAACGCCAUUCAAAGCGAUUUUUACGGAGAUUUAAGUCCAUUUCUACGUCCUUUAAAGCUAAGUAUACUUUUGAAGCAUGAGUUUUCUAUGUACGCUAAACUAUGGCCUUCAAUCCUACCCAUAGCCGGUAUAUGGUCGUGUCUACUCGAAUUAUAUGAAGGAAAACAUACCGACUUACACCCUACAGAGAACCAAAGCGAAAUACUUUGGGUGUUAUACGAAAUGAUCAUACAAACGCCAACAGUUGUCCGUACGAUACACAGCGAAUACUUCUCCAAAAUCAUCUUUAAAUUGCUAGAAAACUUUGAAGGAAAAACUCCAGAAGAACUACUAGUUAAAUGUGUAAUGUUGGUGUUAAAAUGUGAGUAUGACUUGGCUGAUGCCAGUGCGAAGUACGGAUGGAAGUCAGAUCAGUCUGUGACGGACCCGGACCAGAUCUCUGUGAGGAGGACGGUGGAACAGGAGAGCGCUGCGCUGGCUGCCGGAGUGGAGGCUGUGGAGGUGCUGAUGAGGAUUGAGCCGGAGUUGAAGAAAACGCGUCCGUCCAUCCUAAACUCAUCACUUCAAACAUUGCGCUCGCUGGCGCCGCUGCUGCUGCCGCACUCGCGCGCGCCCGCGCUGCAGCUCGCGCGCUGCUGCUGUGCGCUGGCUGCUAGUGAUGUUGACACAUACCUACUCAACGCAGGGCUUCUCCUCUCGCACUCUACUCGUCGCUCCGCGCAAUCACAGCGUUUGUUAGCGGCCGGACUACGGGCUGUGCGCGAGAUGCAGGCGUGGACCGAUACGGCAUUCGUCUUUGUGUGUGAUGCUGCUAUAUUCCAAGCGCGUUGCGGGCGGCGCGCGGCGGCGGCGCAGCUAGUUCAGUGCGCGCAGGCCAAGCUACUGGAGACUUUGGAGACGAAUCCGGAGGCUGAUUUGCAACUCGCCAUCGGUCGUCUGCUAGAGGCGCAGCUGGCGCUGCUCGGACCUCACGCCAGCUUCGCGGCGGUGGUGGCUGCUCAGAGACACUACCUCACUGUCAGCAACAACGCCACCCGCUGGUCCACCCGCCGCUACCGAAGCCUCACCAUCAAACUCCGCAUCCAAGCCACCUCUUUACUCGCCGCGCGACGUUGCCGCUCCGUGCAACUGUGGCGUCGCGCGCGCGCCGCCGCCGCCGUGAAGAUCGACAACCGUCUGAAGUUCAUCCUCGGGCUGCCCACCAACGAAUCACAAUCUGCCAUUUUGUGCCAAAACACCAAACCCCAGCACGAAACCCCAAGACCCCAACUGGUUGACCCCAUGAGGGACUGCGUAAUGUUCAAAAAAACCCAAAUCAGUCCAUCUUUACCCUGCAUACAAGUGCCAGGUUUCAAAAUGCCGGAAUUCCUAUCUCAUAGAGGCGAUUGUCUAUGCUACGCUUGUCAGACGCCAUCUUGUUUCCUGUUGGCCUGUCAAACGGCUGGGUUGGAAGCCUCAAUGUAUUUUAGAGCAUCAGAGCUAGAAUUGGCAAGGAAUUAUUUCGAUGGUGUGCUGAAAAUGUUCGGGUUAGUCGAACUCAAGUUGAGUUUAGCCAAACGCGAAUUGAAAGCGAAGAAUUAUGAGCCGUUUAUAAUUGAAAUCGUCGAUAAUGAGUUAAAAGAGGAGUUUCAACAGAUACAAGUUGAUAUCUUGAUUGAGGCGGCCUUUUUUGAGUUGUACAUGGAGAAUAAAGAUAAAGCUGAUGAUUUUAUCGUCAGAAUUCACGAGUUGAUGGAAGAAAUGCGAGACCCAGACAGUUACUUGAAGAGCGAAGUCAUGAAUUUGACGUGUGCAUCCGCGCAAAUUAGGAAAACAGUUAAAAGGCACAGUUUAGAAAUUACAGGCUUAGAAAAGGAGUUAGAGAGCCUUAAACUUACUCCAACAAAGAAUAACGAAAUAGAACCACCGAAAACUCCAGAACAAAAGGUAAUUCCGGAUAUUAAACCAAGCAAAAUCAUCGUCAAAGGUGAAGAAAUACCUAAUGCUAAGAGAAAAGUUAUCAAACUGAACUUAGACGAAGUAGUGGAAGACCCACCGGCGAAUGAAAUUAAAAAGCGGACAUCGAAACGAUCAGAAUUCAAAAUUCCAGUUCCAAUAACAGCUAAACCUGUCCCAGAAACAAUAACUCCAAGACCAACUAGAUCCAAACCGUCUAUUUUACUGACCCAACCUUCUGUUGAAAGUAAAAGUAACGUGACACAGGAGAUAUCUACUCCUAACGCAGCAAACACAUCUAAAGUACACGACAGCGUAUUUUUCACACCGAAAGAAGUUUGCGCUACUCCUGUAACUGAUGAAUUCUUCACGCCAAUGACUUCGGUGAAACCCUACGCCAAAAAAUCUUUAAGAAAAGAUAUAAUAAAGAAUUUGGAGCAAGAAUUUUCCUCAGCAAAACUUGACGCGUCCAAAACAACUGAUGACAAAGAAAAUACGAAAACUAAAACUGUUAAUAACAAGGAGAAUACGAAAGUGCCAGUGAAAUCUGGUAUCCCCAAGUCUAAAUCUAGGGUGUCUAAAGUAGAAACUGGGUCUUUGACCGCGUUGAAAGAUAGAAGGUCAGUUAGGAGGGCAACUAGUCCUGGUAAACUUGAAGGGACUACCGCUAGUGCUCAAACUCAGCCUAGGUCUAGAAGGCUAGUCAGGAAUCCAGUUAACUUUAGUUUGGAUGAAGAUAAGAGUACUAAGUAGUUAUAAUUAGAAGAAGGAAAGAUUUGUGCAUUCUCCCACAGCGACAUAGAUGGCGCCACUAUCGCGUCUUUUGUAAGAAUGAAUUGUAGUAUUGUCGGAAUUAACAGUUCGUCAAAGUUAUGUUGGGUGUAAAACGUGAUGCUAUGACUCUACCAACUGUAUGUGUUUGGCAUGGGCCUGGCAUAACUUUUUUUUUAUAAUAUUUUAAAAUAAGAUAUUACUAUUUGUGCACUAAAACUGAAAUUAGUUAUUUGUAGACCAAAUUUUUGUAUAGCUCAAUUAGGUAGGUAUUUUUACGUUGAAUAAAAUAGUGUUUUAAACAAUUAA